AUGUCUUACUACCCACAACAAAAGCCGGAUGAUGACGGACUCGCUUAUGGCGAAGACUACGCACAAUCUAGAGGCCCUUCAAAUCAAAACCCCAAUGAGCGUUCUUUCGUGGGCGACACGUUCAAGAAAUUCAAGUCUGAGUAUGACAAGUUCAAAACCCCUCCCGCUCAGAACUACGGCUAUUCUGGAUCUUCAGCUUCCAACCAGGGUUAUUAUGGUCAACAAGGUCCAUCCACAGGCUACCCACAAACUGGGACAUCUGCCUAUCCAGGAGGCCCUCCAACCCAACGUCCACAGGAAAGUGAUCUCGCUGGCAAGCUUCUAGGAACUCUUCACUCGACCAUUCAUAACAUCGGAUCAGAUGUUGCCAACCUACUUGGUCCGGAUAAUCGCCCUCCCGGCCAGUCCUCUAACAGGCCACCAGGACAAACUGGUUAUGCUACUGGCUACUCCAGUGCCCCUCAGGGUAAUAGCCGGUUUGAAAGCUUUGCACCUGAACGUCCUGGGAACGAUGUAAAAUGGUAUGUCGAUGGGUGCAGUUAUUUCUGGGCAGUCAGUCAAGCUCUGGAAGGCGCCAGAGAAUCAAUCUGGAUCCUCGACUGGUGGUUGUCCCCUGAGAUAUAUCUCCGCCGUCCUCCAUCCCAAAACGAACAAUGGAGACUUGACAGAACACUACAGAGAGCAGCUCAACGUGGUGUCAAGGUCAACAUCAUUGUGUACAAAGAAGUCACACAAGCUCUGAGUAGGUGGAUUUCCUCUCCCGUCGUCAAUUAUUUCCACUCUUUACUCCCUCCACAAACAGAAGCUUUUCCAUCUUUCCUAGUAGCCUUGGGUCUAAGGGCAACAACGACAUCAUUGGAAUACGUAGAACGAGAAAACCCACUAAUCCUUCCUCCUUUAGCUUUGUCUUCCGCGCAUACUAAACACGAGCUUGAGAAGCUCUCUCCAAACAUUUCAGUUUUUCGUCAUCCAGACCAUCUUCCCGAUGCACAGACUGCACAAUCAUCAUUAUUAUCCUCCUUCCAGAACCUGAAGCUCGACGCAGCUGGUGCUUCCAAGCUCGGUGCGGAUGCUUUGAAGGGAAUUUACGGCUUGAACGAGGAUGUGAUCUUGUACUGGGCCCAUCACGAAAAGCUAUGCUUGAUUGAUGGACAAGUUGCAUUUAUGGGAGGACUUGAUCUCUGCUUUGGGAGGUGGGACACUAAUCAGCACUCCAUUGCGGAUGCACACCCCUCGAAUAUCAACGAUAUUGUCUUUCCCGGUCAAGAUUUCAACAAUGCAAGAGUCAUGGAUUUCAGCGAUGUAGCAAAUCCAUUCCAGAAUAAGCUCGACAGAACCAAAAGUUCAAGGAUGGGAUGGUCCGACAUUGCGUUGAGUCUACAAGGAUCAUGCGUGCAAGAUCUUCGUCAUCACUUCACCGAUCGAUGGAAUUUCAUCUAUGAUGAGAAAUAUAAUGUCCGGAGGGAUGUCAGGUACACCCGAAUCAAUGACAAUUUCACACAUACAUCAUCGGGAAUAGGCCAACGUCCGCAAUCACCUCCCCAACAAGGACAGUUUCAAAACACUCAACAAGGUGGUGCUUUCCCGCCUCCUCCAGGAAGCCAACCUUACUCUCAACCAGCAUGGCAGAGCACCAAUAGGCCACAUACUCCGAGCGGUCCUGAGCAAUAUCCAAGUGGUCAAUCAAAUCAAUCCUUGCAGGCAUCGCAAACACAGUAUGGUCAACCGCCGAGUCCUGGAUUCCAAUCCAACCAAGCACAAACAUAUAACCAAGCUCAAUCACAGCCAUAUCAGCAAUCCUUCCCUCCGCCGCCACCUGGUCCACCUCCACCAUCCUCCCCUGGUCAAAACUACUCGGGCUAUCAGCCACCACCAAGCCCACAACCUCAGUAUUCCCCUUAUGGCCAAACACCAACCGGUAUCCCUGCUCAGCCAUCAUCCGGUCAGCCCUACCAACACCCAUCAUACCAAGCAUCUGGCGAACAGACUAGAGGUUUCGAUGAUUAUAACCAAGGUGGUGAGAAUGAACGAGGAUUCUCUGGCGAUAGAGGUCUGCGAGGACGAUUUGAUCAAUAUCGUGAUGAGGGAAGACGAUUUGGUCAGGAGCUUUCUGCCAUUGGAAAUGUCGUCUCAGGUGGGGUGAACCAGAAAUUCCAACAAUAUCAAGGCAAAUAUUCUGGAAAACCCGACCAAUAUGGACGUCCUCAGAAUCAACCACGACCUGUCAUGACCUGCCAAAUUCUCAGAAGCAGUACCAAAUGGAGCAACGGUACUCCACUGGAGCAUUCUAUCCAAAAUGCCUACAUUGAUGUUAUCAGAAAUAGUCAGCAUUUUGUCUACAUUGAGAAUCAAUUCUUUAUCACCGCCACCGGUGAUCAACAGAAGCCAGUCAAGAAUUUGAUCGGCCAAGCCUUGGUCGAAAGAAUUCUGAGAGCUGCUAGAAAUGGGGAAAAGUACAAGGUAAUUGUUGUCAUCCCAGCAGUACCAGCAUUUGCUGGUGAUCUUCGCGAUGAUGCCUCUCUCGGAACCCGUGCCAUUAUGGAAUUCCAAUACUUCUCAAUCAAUCGUGGUGGAAAUUCCAUCAUGGAAAAGAUUGCUCAAGCUGGCUAUAAUCCUUUGGAUUAUAUUCGCUUCUACAAUCUCAGAAGUUAUGAUCGGAUCAAUCGUGAUCGAACUAUGCAGCAGGCCGAGCAACAAAGUGGUGUCAGAUAUGAAGAUGCAAGAAAGCAGCAUGACGAUAAGGUGGGUGCUGGUUAUGGUGCUUAUGGAGAGCAAACUGGUGUUGCGCCUUCCGGUCAAGCACCUCAGUAUCAACAAUACCAAGCUGCGGCACAGCAACUCCCUGGAAGUGGACGAUGGGAUAGUGUUUCCGAGUGCUACAUGCUUGGAGGACAGGAUAUUCAGUCAGUCCCAUGGGACGGCCUGCCUGAGGCUGAGUUCAACGCAUUCGUCAGUGAGGAACUAUACAUCCACUCAAAGACUUUGAUUGCCGAUGAUCGCAUUGUCAUCUGUGGAUCAGCCAAUCUCAAUGACCGCAGCCAGCUUGGUUCCCACGACAGCGAGAUUGCCAUAUUGAUCAACGAUCCCACUCCCCAGCAAUCUACCAUGAAUGGUCAACCAUGGCAGGCAAGCCGUUUUGCCACUUCCCUCAGAAGACAAUUAUUCCGGAAACAUUUGGGCUUGGUUCGUCCCCAGGAUAUUCGAAGACCAGAUGCGAAUUUCGAACCUGUUGGCGUUCCCAACUCCUAUGAUUGGGGCACACCAGAGGACAACAUAGUGUCGGAUCCACUCUCUGACGCAUUCCAAAGUCUUUGGAACACUCGAGCAAGAACCAACACGCAGGUUUUCAGAAAGGCAUUCCGAGCCGUACCCGAUGAUGAGAUCCAUUCAUGGGGCGAGUAUAAGGAGUUUUAUGAGUACUUCUUCCGGAAUGCUGAUGCGCAAGCCGAGGGCAAGGACAAAGGAAAACUACCACCUCGUGUUGAGUAUGGUCACGUGGUACCUGCAGACUUCCCAGGUGGAGUGCAGGAGCUUAAGGCAUUGCUUAGUCAAGUCAAAGGGACAUUGGUUGAGAUGCCACUAUGCUUCUUGCAAGAUGAAGAUAUCGCCAAGGAGGGCCUGAGCUUGAAUGCUUUGACCGAGGAGCUCUACACUUGA